AUGACGUGCCUCUCUCAAGGAUUGGUCUUACUUCUUCAUGACUUUGAUGAGUGCAGCUCGGAUAGCCGAAGGCGAUUCCUCGAAUACUACCGAGACAUGGUGGACAAGACGGAGCAUGAACUGAAACUGAUAAUCACUUCAAGAAAGCCUGACGUUCUGUUGACAGAGCUUACAACAUGGCCUAAGCUGAAUGUGGAAGAGCUCCCGUCGAAAGCUAUCACCUCAAUCAUUAAAGUCAUCCACGAAUCCAAUCAGUCGAGUAGAAUUACUAGCAUGGAAGAUGCGGUAUGGAAGCAUCUUCAUGGUCUUCGUGCUCAUCACGCAAACUCAACGCUUCAGAUGAUCCUUGAGAUCGUCCGAAACUACACGGGCUGGCCCGAAGUCCAGUCGAGAGCAUCUCUUACGGAAGCCUCUCGACUUUUACGAUCUGUGUCUCCUACCGAAACCACCAGGACAUUUCUACACAGAUUGCUGAAAUCUCACGAUCGCCCAGACGAUAUCAAGUGGGCCAUGAGCUGGUUACUUUGUAGUUACCGACCUCUGAACGUCCAAGAGUUUGCUUUUGUCUGCAACAGGAGACGCCCUUACGAGCCAAGCGAUGAAGAGGAUAUCGGUUCACAGUGGGUUUCUGUUGGUCUGACCUCACGCCUACCAACGUGGCUGAACUCUGUGCUUCGUGUUCUUGUUGACACAGAGAAGGAGCCGGUUGAGAUCCGUGAUGAUGUCCGGAACCUUUUGGAGCACGAUCCUGGAGCCGAACAAUACAUGUGGGACGAGGUCAGAUCUACGGGACAUUACGCUCUGUUCGAGUUCUGUGCGAACUACGUCACAGCAAAGCACACUGUUAAGAAGCUGGAAGUCAUGUUCAAGAACUAUAACACACUAUGGCAAAACAACCAGCAGGGAAAGAAACCCACUGCUCCCCUGGACUGCGACAACAACGACAUCGUCUACUACGCCAUACAGGCACUGCCUUAUCAUAUGUCCAAGUUGAGCGACUCUGCCACGGCAUUGAAAAGAUUUUGCGCUCACGGGGGAGGGGGAGCUUCUACCGUAUGGGCAAAGUUGUACUGGGCAAUGAGCAGCUUGCGAACCAGGAACCCACCUACAUCGACACAAGGGGUUUUGGGCGGCCUUGGAUUGACCCCUUUUGCGGAGGUGAGAGAAGGAGCAAUUGAAGUGAGGGCAGAAUACGCUCUCAUGAAAAUCGUUCAAGGCAGAGGGCGCGAGAUAUGGUUGCUCCUUGAUGAAGAACACUUCCCACUCUAUAUUCUCGCCACAUCCAUUCAAGCCGGUGAUGAAGAAACAGCCCGAAAAGCAGCGGCAAACAUAAUAUCAGACCCGAAUUGGAGGACCAAAGCCUUCUCGUCGAUGGAAAAGGCAAUCUGGGCAGCAACGUGGCUAGGAAUGUCAGCCCUCGUGGAUGAUCUAUUGCAUGCUGAAAUGAGCCCGAACUUGACUUCGGUGCCCCAUGAGGUUGCAGACAGCAUUGUGCGGUAUCCUAGUCUCAUCUAUAUGGCCACGAGUCAUGGUCACAUAGAUGUUGUCCGGUCUCUCAUGAACCAUGGAGCGAAGAUAGACAUCAUUGGGCCAGGUCAAGAAGACAAUCUCCUUGCCGCUGCGUUCUCCGGGCAUCUUGACUUGAUCCGGCUUUUCUUCAGUCCUGAUGACUCUCCUACGAUGCUGCAUCGCAAAAGUUCUGGUCUUUUCGUGGCAGCUGAAAGGGGACAUUGGCGGGCGGUGAGCCUGAUGAUUCAACUUGGGGCAGAUCCCAAUUCAUCCCGUGGCUCGCCCUCCGACGACUACCGCGAAUGGAGUCCUCUCGCGAUAGCAUGCAGAAACCAGUGGCCAAAGACAAUGGAGGCGCUCUUGCAAGGAGGGGCCGACCCAAACAUUCUGGGGCCGUAUGGUGUGGAUACGCCGCUUUGGUUUUGCACCGUCGAUGAGCCCAACCUCCAAUGUGUUCGUUGUCUGGUGCAAUUCGGAGCGGAUCCCAACCAUGAGAACUUCUCUCCGCCGUUACUACACGAGUUGGCAAAGUCGGCACACAAAGUCAACAUUCUCGUCGAUAUUUGCGACUUACUCCUUUCAGGCAAGGGUGCAUUUAACAUUAAUGCAGCAGCCACUGACGGCGAAACUGCUCUCAUGCAAGCAUGCCGUACGGGGAAAAUGCCACUCGUUCGCUGGCUACUUACAAAGAACGCAAACAUCAAUGCUGUCAACGAUUCUGGACAAGAUGCAAUGAAAUGUGCCAUCUGGCAUGGCCGACUGGACAUCGUGGCAGAACUCCUCACGCACAAUCCUGAGGGAUGCAAACUUGUCCCGGCUGCUACCGAUGAUCCUGCCAAUACUUUUGGACCAUUCACGUAUCUCACUCUGGCUACGCACAGUGGAAGGACAGAAAUAGUCGAGCUAUUGAUGGCAAACGGACUUGGUGUGAACCAGGCCGAUGGCUGGAAAAUGUCGCCUGUGCGUUACGCGAUCGACAGAUUCAAACUGGUUAGUGACACGAGACUGUUUCGACAGCUAAUCGAAAAAGGAGCGAAACUGGGCGAUGUCGAGCACGGGGAAAGUCUCUUACACCGCGCUAUCGACGCACCUUUGGAUUACCUUAAAGUUCUCCUGGAAUUCCGAAGAGAUAUCGACAUUGAUGUUCUUGAUUUCUCGAAGGCCACGGCGUUCCACUAUGCCUCAUCUUGCUCGCGAAUGGAUCAUAUGCAAGCACUCAUCAGAGCAGGGGCCAAUAUCAAUAUCGCGAAUGGCCAAGGAUAUACAGCAUUGCAUGAUGCUGCGUACAAGAACGACCUUGACGUCGCUUCGCUUAUUGUUGCCCAGCCAGAAGUCAAAGUCAACAUCGUCGCGCCGAGUUACGGCACUGCGCUUCAUAUGGCUUGCAAGAGGUUGAACGUUGAGGUCAUACAAAGUCUCAUAUACCACGGGGCAGACACCAAUGCUAUUGCUUUCAACUACGCCAAUGGCACGCCACUGAUGUCGACUAUACUCUCCAAUGAGGAUGUACUUCGCGAUCGAGACUCCCAAAAGAUGGACAUGGUAGUCCGCACGCUUGUCUCUAACAAAGCCGACAUCCAACAGACUCUGUGCGGCUCUGCAUUUACAUUUGACUCAGCAUUUCAGGGUGCUUGUUUCAACGCUGGUAUUGCUACAAUCAAUUUUCUUCUCGAUGGAGGAGCCUCUGUCCAGCAUUGCGAUUCCUUAGGGCGAUUGCCUCUCCACUUUGCCGCCGCAAAUGGCAUCGAAAACUUUCUAGCCGUUAUGUUGACCUAUAGGGGCGACAUGAUGGCUACGGACAAGGAGGGAAAGACUUGCUUGCACUGGGCAGCACAAUUUGGAAAUCUGCAGACUGUCGCGUUCAUCGUGGAUCGCCUCCAUGGUGCAGAUGUAGACUGCAAAGAUAGCGAUGGAUGGACUCCACUCUGCUGGGCAGCGCGCGGGUCAAAGCCUGCAGACUUUGGCAAUAUGAGAUCAGAAAAGCCAGACUUCCUGAACGUUAUUCGCACUCUUCUCCGACAUGGCGCGAGCCCGGAAACAGUAUGCAACCUCUCCGACGACGAAGGCACUGGCACUAUCCAGAAAACACCACUGGUAUUGGCCCGGCUGUGUGGUUCAGGCGCCGACAUAACUAGCGCACUGGAACCCAAAGUUUGCGUUCCAGGCAACGAAACUGCAUCAUCGAAUCGCCGAUACGUCCUACAAAGACACAUUUGCCACGCUUGUUUGGUGGUAAUGUAG